CUGAGCAGCGUCUAGGGCGGAGAAAGAUUGUUUUGGGCCGACACGCUCCUGGCGGCGAAAGAUAGCAACACUACAUUUCAAACACACCCGGGGCAUUAGAGGGGCGUGUGUGAUGCUAGAAUCCUCCCCAGUACUAUCAAGAGGUGCAUCAUCACAAGAAAUAUGUUUGCCACCCCAAGAGUGCCUGUGGCGAGGAGCACCAACGUGAAGGUGUUUGUACGCACUCGUCCCCUCCUGCCGUCAGAGGAUGACCAUGCAAGUAAUGUUAUACACGCCUCUUCUGCAGACAGACAGGUGAUCUUAGAAGACGGAAGUGAAAAAUGCUUCCAGUAUGAUGGAGUACUGGAGGAGGAUGCUGGACAGGAGGAAGUGUACAUGCAGGCCGUAGCUCCAGUUGUGGCAAAAGUAAAGGAAGGGUACAAUGGCACUGUCCUUGCAUACGGCCAGACUGGAUCUGGCAAAACGUACACCAUGGGAACAAGUCCGUAUGUUUCAAAGGCAAAUGAAGGAAUACUUCAAAGAGUUCUUCAGGAAUUCCUCAGUGUGGAUGAGAAUCAGCCACCAGCUGAUGACUGCAGCAGCCCUCACAUACUUAGAAUGUCCAUGGUGGAGAUAUACAGUGAAACAGUGUUUGACCUGCUGGCAUUAAAGACCGAACUGAAAAUAAAGAAUGAAAUUGGUGGUGGGGCUUCUAUUGUUGGGCUGGUGGAAGAGCCCAUUGAUACGCUGGAAAAGGGUUUGGCUUUGUUGAAAAAAGGAAGUAAUUUGAGGAGCAUUGGAACAACAGCCAUGAACAGCGGCUCGUCUCGCUCCCAUGCCCUUGUUUUCCUGACCACGAAGCACAGAAACCGCGAAGGUUGUUUGAAGCUUGUGGACCUUGCAGGCGCUGAGGGUGUGGGGCGGGCACAGUCCUCAGGGAUGCAGUUCACUGAGGGUGUCAACAUCAACAAGGGUCUGCUGUGUCUGGGCAAGGUGCUGGCUGCUCUCAGCAGCUCAUCUGGUUAUGUGCCAUAUAGGGAGUCACUUCUCACACGGGUACUCAAAGAUUCCCUGGGCGGCGGCACCCACACCACAAUGAUUGCCUGCGUAAAUCCAUCAAGCAACAAUGUACACGAGACAAUAAACACCCUCCGGUAUGCAGAACAAGCUAGGAACAUCAAGAUAAAGGUGUAUGCUCUCUCGACCAUCAAGAAAAAGGAAGGCAAGAGACGACUGGAAGAUGUGUCUGCUAAUUCAGGGGCAUGGAAGAAACGAGCAAUGUCAACAGAGAAGGCAGACCACAACAGUACCAUUUCUACUCCAGGCCACAAGCCACCUGUCCGAAAACUUGCCCCUUUGCUCAAUAGGACUGUGGCAACUCCAUCUGGAAGGAUCAGUGAACUUCAUGAACAGAAACCUACACUUGAAAUUGGAAGGUCAUUGUUCCCUCCUCCAUCUCUUCCUCCUCCCCCUGCCCCUCCGAGUUACCGUAGUACACUGCCCUCGCUGGGAAAGAACAUUUACGAAGAUGACUCACCUUCUGGGUUAUCAGUUAUAUCAGCUUUUGAUGAAAAUAAGAGGAGCCCUUCUGUGGAUAGUCCUCUCAUGGAGCGUAUUACAAGCCGCCUGGAGACCACCUUAAUGGCUCAGCUGGGGAACUUUGAGGAGCGUGUUGCUGACUCCAUCGUAACCAAGCUGACACAGAAGAAGGGAAGACAAAGAAAGGCAAAGAAAAUACUGGGGAAAUCCAUGUGCUCUACCCCAACUGAUGAAGACAGCAGCCCAGGAACAGAUGCCGAGACUUCCAGCGACAACAUCCUGGAGAAGACUAUUGCUCAUGCCUUCUUAAAGAAAAACAAAAUGAAGAAUGUCCUCGAGGAAGCCGUUUCAAGUGUCUUAGGACGGUUUGCAGUAAUUCCUUCUGAAUCUUCAAACAAGACUGUUGGUGGUGAGGCUGAAGUAAAACCUCUCUUAAAACUCACUACAAAUCCUUUUGAAAAAACCUGCUACAUCAAUGAAAGUCUUAAUGAAACACAAGUACAAAGAACAUAUCUUCAUGAAACACAAGUACAUAGUACACAUCUCCAGACCCCCUCUGUACCAACCUGUCAAGAGUACAAAGCAGAAGGUUUACCUAUCACCAGUACAGCAGUUUGUGAGACUCGGAGAGCAAGGCGCUCCACCAGACUGGCCACCAGAAUGAGUCUCCACAAAGCAUUGCUCAAUAAACUCUCACCAGAAACCAAGUCUCAUGCUGAAGCUACAACCUGCAUGAAUGAAAGUGGUUGCCAUUCAUUCAUGGGGGAUGUCACUGUUUUGCAAGCUAAUGCUACAGUUAUUAGAGCAAAUAAUGACUCGGACUGUGAUUCCUUUUUCACUAGCAAGAAAUGUGAAACCACUCAAAUUUUCUUGGAACAGAAUCUUAGUACAGUCAACAGAUGUGAGCAAAAUUUGACACCCGAAAAAACUUACAGGCGAAGAUCUUCAAGAGUGGAAGCCCUUGGAGCAACCCAAAAUUCAGUUCCUGAGAAAACUUACAGGCGAAGAUCUUCAAGAGUGGAAGCCAUCAAAGCAACCCAAAGAAACCAACAGAUCUUGGAAGACAACAGUCCGUUCUCAAGCGGCACAAAGAGGCGGAGGUCAUGCAACACAAAGAAUGUUUCGUUAAAUAGAAGUAGCAGCAAGAAGGCCAAUGUCUCUAUGAACACAUCAUUAGCCAGUGAGAACCACACAAUGAUGGUGAGUCCAAGGCUCCAAGAGGAACACAAUGAUUUCAUCCUCAAUAUCUUAAACACAGGAUCCUUAAGGGAGCUGCAGCAGCUGCCGACUGUUGGCCCCAAGACUGCAAUGGUCAUUUCAAACUUCCGAAAGCUUUAUGGAAAGCUGAACAGUGUGGAUGAACUAGAGAGGGUGCCUGGUCUUAGUAAGAAUUUCUACACUCGAUUCACAAAGGCAAACUUGGUGACUGGAGUGGGUCAACAGCUGUGAAUCUGUCUGUCUGUCUCACACACACACACACACACAUUUCAAGUGAACUGUAGUGAUAGUAGCAGUGUCAGUUUAUCAAUACAUGAAUAGAGGAAGAUUUGGAUCUAUUUACUUCAGUGCUGGAAGGUGAUGAGGACAGUAAUGCAACUGCUUCAUUCUUUAAUUCUACCACAUCUAAUAAUGGGAAGAACCUCAGAGGUACGACAGGCGGUGGAAGCACCUCAGAGGUGUAGGUGGUGGAAGUCAUUUCUCAGAUGUUUAAAUUUCCUCAAAUGAUUCACUGUCCACACUGGGGCCUUGGAGCUCUGUCAACUGCAUAUCUGUAAAUAUUAUCUUCAAUAAAGUACAUGAAAUAGAAACUUAUUUUCAAUAUAAUAUUUUUGUAGGAUAACUUUUUUUCUUUUAUAUAAAACUUCAGAUUUGUAAUCAGUGGAGUAUAUUUUUAAUUUGUACAUGCAGACUGAUGUGAAAAGAAAAUAAAGAAUAAACCCUGACACUUGAUUUCAACA